GCUCGUGCACUGAUCUACACCCUGCGGCAGUCCCAGCACGACAACAAACACCCCUAUCCCUUAACAGAUGAGGUUUAUUAUCAAACGAGUGUACUGAAUUUACACUUAAACGGGAAGAAGAGAGAACUAGCGCCGUGUGAGAGAGAGAGUCUCGUUCUCUGUAGUUGGCUACUAAUUUUAAUACAUUCCCAACUUGUCUUAUUCCGCCAAGGACAAAACACAGCGAUGAUCAGACUUCAGGACGCUCGUCAUAGUUUUAUUUCGUCAUUUUAUUUCUGAGUUUUUCGGCAUAUAAGAACCACAGCCGGUCAUUGAAAGGAUUCAAACUGAGAUUUGUGGGAUAUUGUUAAAGGAAAUACAAUGCCGGACCAGAUCACGGUGGCGGAGUUUGUGGCGGAGACGAAUGAAGAUUAUAAAUCACCCACCGCCUCAAACUUCACCACGAGAAUGACUCACUGCAGGAAUACUGUAACUGCACUGGAGGAGGCCCUGGAUGUGGACCGUGGUGUCCUUUACAAGAUGAAGAAGUCGGUUAAGGCCAUUUACGCCUCGGGUCUCGCUCAUGUGGAGAAUGAAGAGCAGUAUACUCAAGCUCUGGAGAAGUUUGGAGAAAACUGUGUGUACAGAGAUGACCCUGACCUGGGAUCAGCCUUCCUGAAGUUUUCCGUCUUCACCAAGGAGCUCACAGCCCUCUUCAAGAAUCUGUUUCAGAACAUGAAUAACAUCAUUACCUUCCCAUUGGACAGUCUGCUGAAGGGAGAUCUGAAAGGGGUUAAAGGGGAUCUGAAGAAGCCCUUUGAUAAAGCCUGGAAAGACUAUGAGACUAAAGUUUCCAAAAUAGAGAAGGAGAAAAAAGAGCAUGCUCGACAGCACGGAAUGAUCCGGACGGAGAUCAGUGGAGCGGAGAUAGCCGAGGAGAUGGAGAAGGAGCGCCGUUUCUUUCAGCUUCAGAUGUGUGAGUACCUCCUCAAAGUCAAUGAAAUCAAGGUUAAGAAGGGUGUCGACCUGCUCCAGAAUCUUAUCAAAUACUUUCACGCUCAGUGCAACUUCUUCCAGGAUGGCCUCAAAGCAGUGGACAACCUCAAGCCCUCAAUAGAGAAACUGGCUACAGAUUUACACUCUAUUAAACAGGUACAAGAUGAAGAGCGCAGACAGCUUACCCAGUUACGGGACGUCCUGAAGACCACUCUGCAGGUGGAACAGAAGGAGGACUCGCAGGUUAGACAGAGCACUACCUACAGUCUACACCAGCCACAGGGCAACAAGGAACACGGCACAGAGCGCAGCGGGAACCUUUACAAGAAGAGUGAUGGGCUCCGGAAAGUAUGGCAGAAGAGGAAAUGCACAGUGAAGAACGGUUAUUUGACCAUCUCGCACGGGACAGCUAACAGACCUCCUGCCAAACUCAAUCUUCUUACCUGUCAAGUGAAGCACAACCCAGAGGAGAAGAAGAGUUUUGACCUCAUCUCCCAUGACAGAACUUAUCAUUUCCAGGCAGAAGAUGAACCGGAGUGUCAAAUAUGGAUCUCAGUGCUGCAGAAUAGUAAGGAGGAGGCACUCAACAAUGCCUUUAAAGGUGACCAGCAUGUUGGUGAGAACAACAUUGUGCAAGAGCUGACCAAAGCCAUCCUGGGCGAGGUCAAGCGGAUGGCGGGUAAUGAUGUCUGCUGUGACUGCGGAGCUCCCGGCCCCACGUGGCUUUCCACCAACCUAGGCAUCCUGACGUGCAUCGAAUGUUCUGGGAUCCACCGAGAGUUAGGCGUACACUACUCCAGAAUCCAGUCACUAACACUGGAUGUUCUCAGCACCUCAGAGCUCUUGCUGGCCAAGAAUGUUGGGAAUGCUGGCUUUAAUGAGAUAAUGGAAGCUUGUCUAAUGGCAGAAGAUGUGAUCAAACCAAAUCCGACCAGUGACAUGCAAGCAAGGAAAGACUUUAUCAUGGCAAAAUACACAGAGAAGCGAUUUGCUUGUAAGAAGUGUCCUGACGCUCUGUCGAAACUGUACACGCUGUGCGAUGCGGUGAAGGCCCGAGACAUUUUCUCGCUCAUCCAGGUUUACGCAGAGGGGGUGGACCUAAUGGAGCCCAUUCCUCUGGCCAAUGGGCAUGAACAAGGCGAGACAGCCCUUCAUCUGGCUGUGAGACUGGUGGACAGAACCUCCCUUCACAUCAUAGACUUCCUCACCCAAAACAGUUUAAACCUGGAUAAGCAAACGGCUAAAGGAAGCACAGCCCUUCAUUACUGCUGCCUGACGGACAACAGCGAGUGUCUCAAACUGCUCCUGAGAGGAAAGGCCUCUAUAGACAUCGCUAAUGAGGCUGGUGAAACCCCGCUUGACAUCGCCAGGCGACUCAAACACAUACAGUGUGAGGAACUGCUGAACCAGGCUCUGGCAGGGAAGUUCAAUGCUCAUGUGCACGUGGAGUAUGAGUGGAGACUACAGCAUGAAGAUCUGGAUGAAAGUGAUGAAGAUCUGGACGAAAAGUCCAGUCCUCACCGGCGGGAAGAGAGGCCCAUCAGCUGUUACACACCAGGCAGUAAUUCCCUGCAGCCUAGUCCGGCCAGUCUGGCACGAGAGGCACGAGACAUGGUUAAAGACAAACAGCGGAGCUUCGUGCCCAACCUGGUCAACAACGAGACCUAUGGAACCAUUGUUAACACAAACUCACCAGUCCCCCUUUCCACCUCUGCUCCACCUCUACCGCCGCGAAAUUUAGUUCAGCCGUCUGGUCUUGCUGGAAUGGCCCAGGGUUCACCCAGUUGGAAGCCUGGCUCCCUAGAUUUGACAGGCAGGCAGAGAUCUUCCUCUGACCCCCCCAACAUGCAUCCCCCAACACCCCCCGUACGGGUCACAUCUACAUCUCUUCUUGUGCCGGGUGGUCCUCCCCCUCAUGUGGGUAAAAAUGCAAGCAUGAUGGAAGCCAUGAGUAUACAGUCCAAAACUGGACAGGGGCCCCCUGGUCAGAACAUCAACAGGGCUACAAGCGCGGACAAAAACUUCAACAAAAGCCAGCUGAUGCGCUCAGGAUCCAUUGAGAGACCAGGUAGAUGUCAGAGAAACCGUUUUAAUUCUAAAGAAGUUCCUGGACAAAACACUAUUGGGCAAUCUCUGCCCCCUACCCACAUGCAAAGGAAAACAUACCCGCAGAGGCCAAAGCGUGUGAAGGCCAUGUAUAACUGUGUGGCUGAUAACCCAGAUGAGCUGACAUUCUCAGAGGGAGAAGUCAUUGUGGUGGAUGGUGAGGAGGACCAGGAGUGGUGGCUGGGCCACAUCGAGGGAGAGCCCAAGAGAAGAGGAGCGUUUCCAGUAACAUUCGUACACUUCAUCAUGGACUGAAUGUCAUAGACCACAGACACUGAGCUGGACUGAUGACAUCACCUCCCUGCCUCUGCGUGGCAUUAAAAAAUCAUCACCAUCAUUAUGAUCAUCAUCUUUCAUUCCCCUUGUCAUGAGGCUUGAUCUUUCACUGAGCUUCCAUGAAGACCCCUGGUUCUCACUGUACAGUGACGAUCGACUAACCUGGGUGAUGCAGUCUCAGAUGUAACACCGUUGGAGAAUUUGGUUUUGGAUUUCAUUUUCGGUUUGUGGACCAGGGAUGAGAAUGAUUGUUGUCAGUGACUUUGAUGCAAUAAAGGCACUUUUGACUUAAUUUAUCAUGGUCACAAUGAUAAUGUAAAGAGAAUGUUGCCAAGAUGAAGGUUUUAUUCCAAGAUGAUAUUCACAUCCUUAUUCAUUUUUGAUGGAACAAUGCAAAGUAGCAUUAAUCUUUGGAAUUUGUUUUUGAAGGACACAUAUCUGUGAAUACAGUCUUGUAUGCUCUUUCCAUGACUAGGAAGGAAACGGAAGGAUAUAUGCAGAACAAAAUAAAAAAAAUUUAAGCAUUCAAAUUGAAGAUGACAGUAAAUGAUGCUAAACUAGGAGUAUGCUAUAAGCACUCUCUCCCACCGAGAGGUGCUCUGUUUCCCCUGUUUCAGCACUACCUGAGUGUAUAAAUAGGCCUUCUAUUGCUCACCCUUGGGAAAUCUCUGAAGUGCACUACGUGAAUUAGAGAGAUGGAGAAUUGUACAGUGGGACUUUGAGACUGCAUUUGUCUUGUGUUUAUAAGAAUGAGAUCUUAGGGGGCCUGGGUAGCUCAGCAAAUAAAGACGCUGACUACUACACCUGGAGUCGCAAGUUCGAAUCCAGGGCGUGCUAAGUGACUCCAGUCAGGCUUCCUAAGCAACCAAUUGGCCCGGUUGCUAGGGUGGGUAGAGUCACGUUGGGUUAACCUCCUCGUUGUCACUAUAAUGUGGUUCUCGCUCUCGGUGGGGCGUGUGGUGAGUUGUGCGUGGAUGCCGUGGAGAAUAGCGUGAAGCCUCCACACACGCUAGGACUCCACAGUAACACACUCAACAAGCCACGUGAUAAGAUGCGCGGAUUGACUGUCUCAGACGUCACUACGUCACCAUGAGGACUUAGCGUGCAUUGGGAAUUGGGCAUGCAAAACUGGGGAGAAAAGCGGAGAAAAUUCACACAAAAAAAAAGAUCUUUAUGAGUAAUUGUAACCCUGGACCUGUUAAGGAGUUUUGAGCACCGGGACAGUCUGGUGAACAUUCAGAAGAAGAAUCAGAAUGAGCUUUAUUGCCAAGUAUGCUUACACAUACAAGGAAUUUGUCUUGGUGACAGGAGCUUCCAGUGUACAACAAUACAAAAACAGCAGCAAGACAUAGAUAAUAAUAAAAAGAUAAAACUAAUUAUACACAUACGUACAGACACACAUACACAUGGGUAGUGCAAAUCUAAUACAAUCUGUGCAAAUACAAAUCUGUUAUGUACAGUACAAUUUUUUUUUAUUUUUUUUUCUCAGAGGAAUGAAAUGGCAGAAGAGGUUGGAUGUGUUGGAUAAAUAUAAAAAAGACUAAACAGUGUAUUGCACAUAGUUAUUGCUCAAUGGGGCAAUUUAACUGUUCAUGAGAUGGAUAGCCUGAGGGAAAAAACUGUUCCUGUGCCUGACGGUUCUGGUGCUCAGAGCUCUGAAGCGUCGGCCAGAAGGCAACAGUUCAAAAAGGUAGUGGGCAGGGUGAGUGGGGUCCAGAGUGAUUUUUUCCAGCCUUUUUCCUCACUCUGGAAGUGUAUAGUUCUUGAAGGGGGGGCAGGGGGGCAACCAAUAAUCCUCUUAGCAGUCCGAACUGUCCUUUGUAAUCUUCUGAUGUCUGAUUUCGUAGCUGAACCAAACCAGACAGUUAUUGAAGUGCAGAGGAAAGACUCAAUGACCGCUGAGUAGAAUUGUAUCAGCAGCGCCUGUGGCAGGUUGAAUUUCCUCAGCUGGCGAAGGAAGUACAACCUCUGCUGGGCCUUUUUCACAGUGGAGUCAAUGUGGGUCUCCCACUUCAGGUCCUGUGAGAUGGUAAUGCCCAGGAACCUGAAUGACUCCACUGCUGCCACAGUGCUGUUUAGAAUGGUGAGGGGGGUCAGUGUUGGGGUGUUCCUCUUAAAGUCCACAAUCAUCUCCACCGUUUUGAGCGUGUUCAGCUCAAGGUUGUUUUGACUGCAUCAGACAGCCAGCUGUUCAACCUUCCUUCUGUAUGCAGACUCAUCGUCAUCUCGGAUGAGGCCGAUGACAGUAAUGUCAUCUGCAAACUUCAGGAGCUUGACAGAGGGGUCCUUGGCAGUGUAGUCAUUUGUGUACAGGGAGAAGAGUAAUGGGGAGAGCACACAUCCCUGAAGGGCACCAGUGCUGAUUGUACAGGUGCUAGAAGUGAGUUUCUCUGGUCUCACAAGCUGCUGCCUGUCUCACAGGAGAGCAAAUGAGUGUCAAAGAUGUUUAUUUCUGUAUAGAUAUUUAUAAUUCUGAGCUGUCCUUCUAUGUUCUUGAUUUAGAUGCUCUUAUUGAUUUUGAUGACCUUCAGUAGAACUAUUUCUACCUUCCUUAAGUGUUAAGUGGCUUGGACAUACAGUACUCUGCUGUUUUUACACCAUUCAGUGUCAUUUCAAAACUAAGCUGGGCGAAUCUCACAGAAAAUGUCAAGAAUAUGUCUGCGUCAUAAUUCACUCUAUAAUAAUAAUUUUAAAAAAGUUUUUUGUUUAAAGCAAAUUACGCCUAUUUUUAAGGACCACUAAAACUUUUUGCGUUGGGACAAUAUUUUCAUUAAAAUUAAACGCAUUUCCCUUGCCACAAUUCUCAUUAAUGUAAUUUAAGAACAAAGUAUUAUUUUUACUGUAAUAUGAAAUAAAAAAUAUCAUUUUUUGUGCAUCAUGGUAAUAUUUGUUGUACUACCUUUGUCCUCAUUCAUGUAAUAUUUUUUUUAUACAUAAUGGUUUUUUUCUGUAAAAAAACUAAAUACUGUAUUGCAGUUUUGAGAAUCAGCAUAUAUAUAUAUAUAUAUAAAUGGCACAGUAAAACAGAUAAAUUAUGGUAAUGAGAAUGGUGGGGGGUGCUUUAUAGUCAUGAAAAAAAUUUACCUAAAAAAUACAUAUCUAUCUAUCUAAUAUAUAUAUAUAUAUACACACACACACACACUACCAUUCCAAUGUUUGGGGUCACUUGCCUGAAAUGUUUCUCAUGAUCUUAAAAACCUUUUUAUCUGAAGGCGUAUGCUUAAAUGUUUGAAAUUAGUUUUAUAGACAAAAAUAUAAUUGUGCCACCAUAUGAAUUUUUGUUAAUUACAAAACUAACAUUUUUUGGCAUUUCCAUCCACAGAACUGCCGCUCACUGGAUGUUUUUUGUUUUUGGCAUCAUUU